CCUGACAAAAACAACCCCUCAUAUCAGAAUAUGUUGUGCUCAAUAAGAUUGUUUUUAUCAUUUUAGGAAUUUUCUAGAGACAAAAACGAUCGCGAAAAUUAUUUUUUUUAAUUUUGUAAUUUUUGAAAACAAUUAGCACAUUGCCCCAAUGGGGAAGAACCCCAUAGUUUUGUGAAGUGUAAAAAUCGUCAAGGAAAUAACGCAAUGGUUCUUAAUCGAAGCCUCAUAGAAAUUCCAAAAAAAGAUUCUAGCUAAUAGAAUGAAAAAAAUGCAAUCAAAUCAAACUCUAACGAUUUAAUUAUUUCCACUUUUUCGAUCCACAGUUUUGUAAAAUACUUGUCACUAAUUAAAAGUUAAAAUUUCAUAAAUUCACGGCAUGGUGUGUGCUUUUUCAAAGAGCACCGUCUUCUCAAGUUCAAAUCAAACUCUAUCGAUUUAAUUAUUUCCACUUUUUCGAACCACAGUUUUGUAAAAUACUAACUUAUGUCACUAAUUAAAAGUUAAAAUUUCAUAAAUUCACAGCAUGGUGUGUGCUUUUUCAAAGAGCACCGUCUUCUCAAGUGGACUCAUCAGCGAUUGCAACGCACGGCGAAAAUGAAGACUGAAUAGCGUUUUAGAUCUUUGGGGAAAAAACGGGAAACAAAUACUUUUACAGCCUUUAUACUCUUGAAGCCAUUAGGUGUUCGCUUGUUCCAGCUACGAGUUAAAAUGUUAAAAGUGUUUGCGUGAUUAGGCGAGCCAGUGCUUAGAGAAAUCCUGGCUCAGCCCCUGAGUGGCUCUCGUGAACGUCGUGACCAAUUAAGAAUGGUCUGGGACCGGCUAUCAUAUCAUCAUUGGUAACAGAAAAUACCGUCAUAUGCAUCACGCGAUCAGAUAAAUGGGUGGUUAGUCACCGCGUCACGCGAUCAUGGAAUUCUAAGCCACGCAUCCAAUUAAUACUGCUAUAAGUUUCAAGCUACCACACAUCUAAACCAAUACCCAGUGAAUAAUGAAGAGAACAACAGCCUUGUCAUAACUCCGCUCGUGCGGAAUAAGCAUCUCCGGAGUAAAAUAAUUGAACAUAUUUCUUCCUUUCAGCGCUUUCGCUUAGUGCUUACGCCACUCAACUAAAUACUUUCACUUUUUACAAAUCCAAUUCAUAACCGAGCGGCAAGGGAUUCUCACGCAAACCAAGCUUAAACGUGGCGUUAUGAAGCCACCAAUGACACACCGCGCUGGUAUUGAAAUAAGUAUAAUGGAAAUAAUGGUAUUGUAUAAGACGCAGGCAAAAGGCGAAGAGACGUACAACGCGCCACUUGCAAAGACUUAGCUAUUAACAUCUCGAAUCAGAAACGCAAGACGUAACGACUCAAGAAGCGAUGUUGACAAACAACUCCUCGUUCGCGUGCCCUGUUGGCUACAUGGAGCCUGGUGCGUCGCGUGUCCUACGCACAGGAAUGGUGACGCUCAUCAUGAUGGCGUCCGUUCUGUGUAACACUGCAGUCGCGCGAGUCAUGUGGAGGCAUCGCGGACGUCUUCCUCUCACGUACUCACUAGUGCUAAACCUGGUCAUUACUGAGUUGCUACUAACGCUAUCUUACCCGGUAUUAUUCUACGCGCAGUGGUACUCGUCAUGGCCCCUAGGCGGAGUAAUGUGUCGCUUGUUGAGCACGGUACCUGUGUGCUGCACAGCCGUCUUGACAUACAGCCUGGCUGAGCUCGCAUUGUAUCGAUGCCUUACGCUAGUCAAGCCUAACCUGGUGCGGGCCCUCUCGAGCCGCGCAGCGCGUACCACUGUGAUCCUCUCGUGGUUAUGGGGCGUCAUCUUGGCUAUCCCUGCGGCUAUGGCAAGCGUCGUGAGCCCUGAAUCGAUCUGCGAGCCGGCGUUGUGCGUGCUAGGGAUGGAUAGCACUGCCCGGCAAGGGUAUACGUUUGCGUUACUAUUUCUCUCUUACAUAGCACCGAGCGCGAUCGUGAUAACAGCUUAUGCCACGGCCGCGUGUCACACGACGCCACAAGAGCUGUGCGACGAACCAACUUCACCCCAAGCUAGAGGCGAGGAGGAGGAACUAAACCGCGCGGACCAAGCAGUACCACUACCAAGCCCCAAGCGCAACGUUAAUCGGACCAUCGGGCACCUCCCGCCCGCCCCCCUGGACGUAGUGGUUACCAAGCGACGCAAGCGCAACAUUAUCUGGUGUCCAGUAAGCGAAUGGGAGCUGGAGCUAAUGCAGGUGGUGCUGACCUUGGUGUUUGUUUACAUCUUGUGCUGCCUGGCAUACGUGGUGGUGAUGGUGGUGGAGGCCCAGGAAGUGCCGUGGUACCAGGCGUGGCCCUACAGGCGUGUCGCUACCAUGUACGCGUGGUUAUUGCAGUGCCUACCGAGCGCUUUGCACCCUAUCGUCGUAUAUUGGACCAUGUGCAAGACAAGUAACCAGCGAACUAAAGACAUCUUAAUGUGCACGUUUACCUAUUGAAAAGGUAUUGAAACCCAUAGCUAAAACUCUUCAGAGGUGACGGUGACAAAAGCAUUCUUUUAAAGCGCCGUUCCCAAAGAAAUGGACACCAUGAGAGUUGUAGAUAAGAAAUCACAGUAGCUGAUAAAUCGAUAGGAAUUGUUGACCAACUAACAGCCUUUUAUUAUUAAAAAUACUUUGUACUUGAUUCACUACUGUAAACGUGGAAUUAUUUGCGACAAAUUUUGAUUUUUCAAUUUUGAAAAAAAACACGAAUUGUUUUCAACGGACGAUUCUAAAAUAAAUUAAAGUAGACGUUAAAAACUUCAAGAUAAAGGUGUGUUAAAGCUGUGUCAUAUAAAAAACAGAAAUAAAAUUUAACAAAAAUCG